GAAACUACGGCUACUCUAAUAAUGCGGCAUCUUUCUUUUCGUAUCAUGUAUAUAUACCGACCGAGUUUUCAAAAAAGCAAUUACAAAUUCUCUGUUUCUAAAACACUGUUUCUGCUCUGUUUCUUCCCCUGCCAUAAACCCUCCAAUUCCAUCCUUCUGUUCAAUUUCUUUAAACCAAACACUUGUCUAGCAUUUUUUACCUCAAAAAAAAAAAAUUGCGGUUCUUGAUCAAAAGCUGUUAAGCAUCAACUUUGAUCAUCCCCAUCAUUGUGAAGCAGCGAGUUGGUGAUUAUCUCCUGUUCCUCUACCAAGUUUCGGUCCAUCAGAAACAUGAAUAUUUUACAGCAGAGUGAAUUCAAGGAGACAAACAAAAGAUGCGUGGAUUGCAGCACAACAAGAACACCUCUUUGGAGAGGUGGUCCAGCUGGUCCUAGGUCUCUUUGCAAUGCAUGCGGGAUCAGAUACAGAAAGAAAAACAGGGCUCUCCUUGGAUUGAACAGAGAGAGUAGAAGCGAAAAGAGUAAAAGGGGAAUUGAAGUGAGGCGAAGCGGCAUUAAGUUGAAGAGCUUUGGAAGAGAGGUGGGAAUGCAGCAUAUGGUGGGAAAUCGGGAAUUGAAGAGCAAACUGAGAGAGGAAGAAGAAGCUGCUUUUCUUUUGAUGGCUCUAUCUUGCGGCUAUGUCUAUGCUUAGUUAGGAACAGUGAAGCUCUGAAGAGAGUAUCAAAAUCAUAGUGUUGUAUUUUCUUUUCAAAAGAGAAAACAAGAAAACCCCAUUGUCACCGUCUCGUAGAUAUAAUCAAUAGCUUGUGAGAAAACAAGUUUUGUUCAGAUCAUAUUUGCUUUAUGUUGAAAUUAUUCAUAAUUCAUUCACAA